GCUCGUUAAAUUCAUUGGCUGAUUGUAAAUUAGUUCAAUGAAGGCGAGUAUAUGUUAAAGCCUGUUAUAAUAUCUGAUAAUAUUCCUGCUGUCAGGAAAAUGAAACCAAACUCCAAUCACACAUUUAUAUUUAUAGGCUACCAUAUCUGAAACAAAAACAGAGCUGUAUAUAAUCCUAUAAUAAUCUUUUCGAGUUUGAAUGUCAUUCCAUUAUAAUGAUGAUGUUUUUGUGUUCAGAUGUUCCUCAUGAGAGAGCAGGUGGAUGUGAUCUAAAGUAAAUCAGUAGGAACUGAUCUGUCCAUGCUGGAUAUUGAUGAUUUCAUCACAAAAAUCUCUCAGCUGAAGAAAGAGUUGAUGUCACUGAAGACAAAUCUGAUGGAGAGAGAUGACCGGUUACAGGAGCUGGAAAAAGUUUCCUGUCAAUCUUCAGUGUGUGUGACUGAUGGGACCUCCACAGAAUGUCGGGAUUCAGUGUGGAGCGGCAGAGAUCAGUCCACACCACAGCGGCUGCUGGACAAACUCUCUGAACAGAGAUCCAGAGACACACAGGACUCACAGCUCACUUUACUCCAUUCUACUGACAGUAUUCAGGGUGAUCAAACGUCUGCAGAGUCUCUGGCUUUUGUCUGUAACGUUGGAGAACAGCAGACGCUGCAGACUACCAGUGAAGAUGUGUUCAGUGAAGCUGCUGGACUGCAGGAACCUGAUGAAGAUGAGAGGAGAAAUCAAAGUAGAGGAACAACAGAGGAAUGAUGAUGAUGAUGAUGAUCAAACCUCCACAGAGUCUCUGGCUUCUGUCAGUAAUGUUGGAGAACAGCAGAUGCUGCAGACAACAGUGAAGAUUGAAGUGAAGCAGGAGGAGAUAAAAGAAGAAAACACAGCAGAGGAACAACAGAGAGAUGAAUAUGAUUAUAUUUCUUCAGAGCUGAUGGAAGUGAAAGAGAAAUGUCAAGAACUGAAUGAAGUGGAGGACAAACUUCAGUGUCAAAAACAUCAUGAUUUCACAACUGGAGAAAAAUCUUUGAUUUGCUCGAAGACUAAGAAGAAUUUAUCACCAGAAAAGUAUAAAAGAAGAGCAGCCAAAUAUACUUUCACUUGCUCACAGUGUGGAAAGAUUUUCACAAAUAAAAGCCGGCUUAAUAAACACAUGAAAGUUCAUAUUGGAGAGAAACCUUACACGUGCCAUCAGUGUGGGAAAAGUUUCGCAUAUACAGUUUGUCUCAAAGGUCAUCUCCGCUGUCACUCUGGAGAGAGACCAUUUGAAUGUGAUAAGUGUGGUAAAACAUUUGUUUUGAAUUCAAGCCUAAGAAAACAUAUGAAAACUCACACAGAUGAGAAGCCUUACAAGUGUUCUUUUUGUGGAAACUGUUUUGCACACCUGUCCUAUUUGAAAAAGCACCAGAAAAUACAUACCGGUGUGGGGGUUCAUAUGUGCUUUGAAUGUGGUAAGACCUUUAUUACAGCUGGCAGUGUGAAACAGCACCAAAGAAUUCAUGCUGGACAAAAACCUUACAAGUGCUCACACUGUGGCAAGAGUUUCACUCACUUACAACACCUGGAAACACACGAGAGAAUUCAUACUGGAGAAAAACCUUACAAGUGCUCACACUGUGAAAAGAGUUUCACUCACUCGCAUAACCUGGAAACACAUGAGAGAAUCCAUACUGGAGAAAAACCUUACAAGUGCUCACACUGUGAAAAGAGUUUCACUCACUCACAUAACCUGAAAACACACAAGAGAAUUCAUACUGGAGAAAAACCUUACAAGUGCUCACACUGUGAAAAGCGUUUCACUCAGUCACAUCACCUGAAAAUACAUGAGAGAAUCCAUACUGGAGAAAAACCUUACAAGUGCUCACACUGUAAAAAGAGUUUCACUCAUUCACAAAACCUGAAAAAACAUGAGAGAAUUCACGCUGGAGAAAAACCUUACAAGUGCUCACACUGUGAAAAGAGUUUCACUCAGUCACAUCACCUGAAAACACAUGAGAGAAUCCAUACUGGAGAAAAACCUUACAGGUGCUCACACUGUGAAAAGAGUUUCACUCAGUCACAAGACCUGGAAACACACGAGAGAAUUCAUACUGGAGAAAAACCUUACAAGUGCUCACACUGUGAAAAGAGUUUCACUCAGUCACAUCACCUGAAAACGCACAAGAGAAUCCAUACUGAAGAAAAACCUUACAAGUGCUCACACUGUGAAAAGAGUUUCACUCAUUCCUAAGACCUGGAAAUACACUGGAGAAAAACCUUACAAGUGCUCAAAC